AUGGAAGCUCUUUGGAGAGCUCUAGUGAACUCGCGCAUUGGCCGUUGGCUUCUCGGGCUUCGAUUCAAGUUUCGACCUUUCUCGUGGCUGUGGGCUCCGAGGAACGGUCAAGAUACUACCAAUAAAGUAGUAUCUCCGCCUCUCAAUCCCGGUCUACAUGGCCUAAACACGGAUGUUUUCUCGGACAUUUUUGCACUGCUCAACGGGCAGGAUCAACAGACAUUACCCUCUGCUUCCCGCCAGCUGCGGUCCCUAUUUCUUCCCGCUUUAUUUCGUCGCAUAAAAUGGGCUCCGUUGGUCCAGCGCAAGCUGCCGCCGCCCCCUCACUCUGGUCAUACACACAUAUCUUCGCCGUGCUGGGACAUAGACCUUCCUGUGUCCGCCAAUAGUGUCAAAUCUCACUACACUGCGGAAGUCCAAACAUGA